GGGGGCGGGGCUUGACGGAAAGCGGGUGUGAAGAAGCCUGCGCCGGAGUUGUGCAUGGAGGAGGUCAUACUCCGAAGUCAGGGCGAAGGAAUUUGGGGGCAAAAAAUCCGAAUGUCCUGCACUGCUGCCAUGAAAGUGGAACAAGACUGUGAACAUGGAGAAAACUCGGCAAACCUGAACGAAAUGCUGCUUAACCAACUGAGGGAGAUCACUGGCGUUCAGGACAUGCAGGUUCUUCAGAGCGCCCUUAAUGCAAGCCAGUGGGAUGUUAGCCAUGCUGUUGGUCUUCUCACAACACAAACAUCAGAGGAGGAGCAGGCGCCUGAAGAAUCUUCUACUGUCGACCAGAACACAGAAGCCUCCAACGUACACAACAAUGCAGCGAAGGAUGAGCUGCAGGCAGCGAUUGAGCUCAGUUUGCAGGAGUCGCAGCAGGCCCAGGCUGAGGAUAGAGAGCUCCACAGAGCUCUGGAGGCCAGCGCGGAGGAGAACGCCGCCCGUGUGAAGAGGAAGAGGAGCGAGGGAUCAGGAGAGAGCUGCAGCCCUGCAGAUUGGAUCAGACAGGAGAGCUGGCCUGUGGGCAUCAGGAAUGUGGGCAACACCUGCUGGUUCAGUGCUGUUAUUCAGUCUCUGUUCCAUCUGCCGGUGUUCCGCAGACUGGUGCUCAAUUACUGCUUGUCGGAGCGCGUGCUGGAGAAAUGCAAGAGCCACUCUGAAAAGAGAAACAUAGCCUUCAUGCAGGAGCUGCGCUGCCUCUUUGCACUGAUGGUGGGCUCCACCCGCAGGUUUGUGGACCCCUCUGCAGCUGUGGAGCUGCUCAGGGACGCCUUCAGGACCAGCGAGGCACAACAGGACGUUAGUGAAUUCACACACAAGCUGCUUGACUGGCUAGAGGACGCCUUCCAGCUGGCAUCUAAUGGAAGUAACCCUGAAGAUAAACAGGACAACCCGAUGGUCCAGCUUUUCUACGGCACGUUUGUAGCUCAGAGAGUUCACGAGGGUAAGACCCUCUCCACCAUUGAACAGUUCGGUCAGUACCCUCUGCAGGUGAACGGCUUCAACAACUUGGACGAGUGUUUAGAGGGUGCGAUGGUGGAAGGGGAGAUUGAAUCUCUGCACUGUGAUCAGACUGUUUCUUCUGGACAAGAGAGGUGGUUUUCGAAGCUGCCACCCGUGUUGACGUUUGAACUUUCUAGGUUUGAGUUCAAUCAGUCUUUAGGACGUCCAGAAAAAAUCCACAAAAAGCUUGAGUUCCCCCAUAUUAUCUAUAUGGACAGAUACCUUCACAAAAAUGUUGAACAGACUAAUGGAAGAAGAGGAGAGGUGAAGCGGCUCAAAGACCAGUUAACAGUUCUGCAGCAGAAACUUGAGAGCUACAAACAUUACGGUUCUGGGCCAACCAAGUACCCCCUGGCAGACAUGCUGCAGUACGUGCUGGAGUUUGCCACCACAAAGCCAGUGAACGCAUCUCCUACUGCGAGCGUACCUGCUAACCCUGCUGCACACACAGAACCCAGCUCAGAGAACUCCAGCCAAACAGAACCUGAAUAUGCAGGCUCAUCAGAUGGUUCAGGCUGCACACAGACUUCUACACAGAGGACGCCCAUACACAAGCCCUUUACACAGUGCAGACCCCCCAUGGACGGGCCUCUGCACCCGGCCCCCCACAGCGUGACCGAGGAGGAGCUGCACUUCGUCAGGAGCUGCCUGACGCGGUGGAGAACCGAGGUGGAGAACAACAUCAACGAGCUGAAGGCCAGCAUUGACAAGGUCAGCCAGGCUCUGGAGGGCAUGUACUCAGAUAACAGUUUGUGUCAGGUGCCCUAUAAACUACACGCAGUCCUGGUCCAUGAGGGACAGGCCUCUGCUGGUCAUUACUGGGCCUACAUCUAUGACCACGCCAAUAAACGCUGGCUAAAGUACAAUGAUGUCAUGGUGACAGAGUCAUCGUGGGAGGAGCUAGUGCGAGACUCGUAUGGAGGCAUGACUAACGCCAGUGCUUACUGUCUCAUGUACAUCAAUGACAGACUGCCACACCUCAUAACAGAAGAUACAGAUGAUGAAACAGGACAAGUUUUGCAAGGCAUGGAUUCUCUUCCUCCUAUCCUGAGGCGUUACGUUCGCGAGGAUAACCGCUGGUUCCAGCAGGAGCUUAGGGAAUGGGAAGAGCAGUUCUGCCAGGCUUCUCACGAGGAUCCACAGACUCCCUCAGCACACAUUGACAUCCACAGAGAGGAACCCAGCUCAGAACCACAGAACCCAAAGCCUGAACCAACACCCAACGCAGACAAGGAGCAUUCUCAGGAGGCAGCUGGAGAACCAGCCACAGAGCCAGCGCAGGAACCAGUCCAGGAAUCAGAAGAAGCCGUGGCCAGUCCAGAGGCAUCUGACGCGGUGUCCCCACAGAGCAGCGAAGAAGUGAAGGAGGGGGCUGAGGAGGUCGCCUCUCAAAAUCUGGUCCAAAACCAGCUGGACGAGAGGCCAGAGAGGAGUCAGAGCCCUGUAUCCACCUUUCAUGAGGAGCCGGGGUCGGUGGAAGAAGAACAACCGGAGAAGGACAAUCAAACAGAAAGUGAGCAGACCAGACCUGAGGAAGCGUCUGAGCCGCAGGCUGAGCCUGAGGGGUCUGAGGAACCUUUGGAGAGCGGGGCAGAGGCGGCAGCUGCAGAGGAGACCGGACACAGACAGCCUGAGAAUGAAGUGUCUGAGGUGGAGAUCCCCAACGUGGGCAAGAUCCUGGUCGUCUCAGACGCAGACGGAUACAAUGAAGAGAUGAUGCUGACCCCUGCAAUGCAAGGCGUAAUUUUUGCCAUAGCCAAGGCCCAACAGGUCUUUGACAAGGAUGGCCCUGAGGCAGGACUCAUAAAGGCGUUUCGUGAAGAGUACUCCAGGCUGCAUGAGCUGUCUCUAGAGGAAAUCACCCCCCAGCAGGACCCUCGUCUUCAGCACGUGCUGGUUUAUUUCUUCCAGAACAAAGCACCUGACCGUGUCAUCGAGAGGACUCUGCUGGAACAGUUUGGUGACCGCAAUCUGAGCUUUGACGAUAGGGCUGUGAGUAUCAUGAGAGAGGCCAGAACGAAACUACGCCUCAUCAAACCCGAGGAUAUGGACAUGGAGGAGUACUUGCAAUGGCAGGACGACUACAGCAUGUUCAAGACGGUAUUUGCUUACCUGCUGACAGGCCUGGAGCAGUACCAGAAGGGAAAAACUCGGGAAGCACUGAUAUAUCUUGCACACGCUUACGAAGACAAUGCAGCCCUGCUCAAAACUGGGGAGAGGAAAGGAGUGGACCAGGAACUCAUAGCACUUUACAGGAGAAAAUGUUUGAAAGAGCUGAAUGGGAAUGCAGCCCUGCUGUUUAAGAGUGGAGAAGAGAGUGACGUAGAAGAGGCAGUGACCAUCAUGAACGACUGUGUUAUCCCCUGCAUGCACCUCAUGGUCAGAGAUACCAUCAGCCAGGAGGACAUGGACAUCAUUGAGUCUAUCAGAAACCGAUGGUGCUCCUACCUGGAGCAGGAUAUGGAAGAGUCUCUGCAGGAGAAGCUGGGCGAGUUCUUGCCGAGGGUUCUCGACUGCUCGGCCGAGAGAGUGGUGCUGAAAGAGCCGCCGAAAGUAAGGAAGUCUCCCCACGACCUGUGCAGCCGCCUGGCCGCCGUCAUGGAGUCCAUUCACAGCACAUCCAUCGUCACUGUGAAGUGAUAACGCACAGAGCUCCGUGCGAGGCGGCGUCAUGGUAAUUUGCUACGCUUAGCCGGUGUCUCAGGCUGACACGUCAAACACUGAUUUUCUAUCGUUGCUGCACUGACUGUAGAGCUUUAUGUAGAUUUUUAUACAUAUUUGUAUCAAGAUUUUGUCACGACCCUUUGACACAAUGUCAACCCCUGACACUUCAUUGCACACUAAAAUAUUGAAAGAGCUGCUGUUUGAUUGGUUGUGCUCUUUCAAGAUGUUUUUUGAUCUCAGGAAAGAUCAAAUGAAUGUCAUUUUGUAGCACCAAAUACAUUUUAAAUGCUAAUGCUGCUAAUGCAAGAUUAAAGGAGAAGGACAGUGAAGGCAAGAUAUAAAAAAAACAGGUUUUUAUAUUCUAUGAUCUCCCAGAUGUGCUGUAGUCUGGUAUUGCUGUGAAAAUAGCCGUUCACCAUAGUGCCAUUAUUUCAGAUUCUGUUCUCUUCUUCUUUUUCUUUGUUCCAUCUCUCUAAGCCUCAAUAAACUUUCUCUCACUUUAUCGUACUCUA